AUGGCUUUACAGAUAUUCCUACCUUCUACUAAGGUCAAUGACAAAACUUUGGUUGAGGAUCUAAACAGUGUCCGAUCAAGGCGUGAAGUUUAUUUCUACGAGGAGAUUCAGGGAUAUAUCGUGUGCAAUGAACUGGAACGUAAAUCCGAUGUCAUAACACUAAAUGCAAGCGUACACACUCAGGAUUCAAACAGGGAAGCAAGUAACCGAUCAAACUACAUCGAGUCAGAUGGCAGUACUAAUUUAAAAUUGGACCAGACGAACGUUGUAUACCAAAAUGAAGGAACGAAGGUCUGGAUGUUUACUAUUCCAAGUGUUCAACCCCCAAGCAAGCGAACAUCAGGGCCAUAUCUAUUACUUUCUUGCCGAUUUAUUGAAGAUUCUAAUAUUGAACCAAAUGGAGAGGAAAUAAUGGAAGAUGUUGUGUUGACCGAUUACAAACCGGUUGUACAGGAUCUCGAAACAGUGAAUCGUUCACCCUCGAAAGAUUCUCUGGUGGAAGUAGUGACCAAAGAAGUUGAGUUGGAAAAAGAUAACAUAGCGGAGAUCAGCAUUCCAAUAAGAAUGGCGUUGGUGAUAAAAAUGAAAUCAACCAAGCCAGCGGGUAGGAAUGGCAUGUUAUUGGUUGCUUUGACUGUCGAGCGGUCUGAAGAGAUGGCCGCAGUAAAAAAGAGUGACGCUGACGUGUUAUACUUCAACAUCAACUCUUUCGAAUUGAGCUCAGAUAAUGGUAUAAUAUCUCCGAUUCAUCAACUUUUCCCGUCACUUAUGGGUUUCGAUGACUCCAUCAACAUAGUAUACAAGUUGGAUAACAAUGAACAAGCGGGUAGGGAAACGUCAAAGCAGAUUUUAAUAACAAUGAACUCAACCAUCCAAAAACGAGUCAAUGAUAACUACGUUAAUUUGAGUAAUCCGAUUCGAACCAAUUGGAGACCAUAUUUGGAUCUAGGGCUAAUUGCACCACCGAUAAAUAAUGCAUUAAAGACCAACAAUAACACUCCGCACCUUCAAUCACAGAUUAGCAAUUCGGUAAAUGGCUUAGGUAUUCGCCAAAAAGCCAUGCUAAACACCAUAUACAAAAUGGAGAGCCCCACAUUUUCCAACUUAAACACCAAUUCAUCUAAUAAUAUUGGAAAGAGAGCUAAAUCUUUUGUGACAAGGGAAUCAUCGUCAGUGACAGUGAAUCUAUCGACAAAUGUCAAUUCCUCAUUAGCUGGGUUGAGACUUACAUUCAUCGGAAGGUUGGACAUGAAACAAGGAGUAGUGACCCAGUGGAAGAUACAAGCUAUCAACAACUCCAUCAAUAGAUUAAAUUUGUCCUUGCUUGUGCAAAACCCAAUCAAUUUCAAUCCUAUUUACAGUAGUGCCGCUUCAAACAACAACUUUUCUUCAUCAAAUCUUCUCAACAAUGAUAGCAAACAAAGCAACCAGGAUAUUCUAAUCUACAACAGAGCCCAACUUUACUCAUUGUACAAUACUUUAAAGGUCAACACUGAUGCUGAUGGGGUGAUCAUCUUGAAUAAUGAUAUCAGAAUUGGACCAUUGGAGCCGCAGGCUCUGUUUGAAACCAGCUUGAACUUGAUUGGCAAUACCAAAGGUAUAUUUAGUUUGGAUGGAAUAAAGAUAUUUGACGUGGCAUCUGGUGAUGGGUUAGACUUUGGUAAACUUAUAGAGGUGUUUGUUGUCUGA